AUGGCUUCAGUUCAACCCGCGCCUGGGAUGCCAUCCAAUGUCCCGGCGCUCCCACCCAAUCUCUCACAAGCCCAAGUGCAGGACGUGUAUCAGAAAUUCCAGCGCAUGAAAGCCCAGAAUGUCCCCGAAAAUGACCCAGAGUAUAUCAAAGCCUACCGCUUCCUCACUGCCGUUCAACAACAGCAAAAUUUUCGCAAGUUGCAAGCUCAGAAGCAGGCGCAACUGCAGGCCCAGCAGCAGCAACAGGCCCAGCAACAGACCCAACAGCCGACGAACGGGGCGACAAACGGCCAGCAAGAUGUUGCAGCAGCUGCCGCCAAUGGGUCUUCCACGCCCAACCAGACAUCUGUCGCCAAUAGUGCGCAAAUUGCUGGCGCCCAAGCGCAGGCCCCAGCACAGCGCGCAGCAGCGCAAACGACCAGUAGCUUCACUCCAGAGCAACUGAACCUCCUGAGAACGCAAAUCUUUGCAUUUAAGACGCUGUCGAAGAACCAGCCUUUACAUCCCAAGGUCCAGGCGCAGCUCUUCCCAUCUCUCAAGCAACACACGGCACCUCCAACGGACGGGACGGCUACAGCUGAAAAGGUUGCAGAUGGAGCCGCUGAGCCCAAAGGCUCUGUAUCGAAGGAUGUGGUCCGAUCCAAAGCCUUCUUCGAUGCCUAUCAGUCACCUUACGAUCUUCUAACGAAGCCUAUCAGCUUCUCAGAUCACUCGCAGCGCAUCAAGCGGCAGAAGAUACCCGCAAUCCUACCCAUGGGCAUUGACUCAGACCAAGUUCGGGAAGAGCAAGAACGUCUGCUGUACAACCGCAUCCAAGCUCGUAAAGCCGAAUUAGCUGCCCUUCCUGUCAACAUUGCGGCCUGGGACACUAGUAAAUCUGCCGACCCUACCGCCGAUGACAGUCUUAAGAUCAAGGCUUUGAUUGAAUACAAAAAGCUAUGUCUGCUUCAGAAGCAACGCGAUUUCCGACGAGAAAUUCAGCAAGAACUCUUCCAUUAUGACAACUUGGCAAUGACGGCAAAUCGCUCCAUGCACCGCCGCAUGAAGAAACAAUCUCUGCGCGAAGCUCGUAUCACAGAAAAACUUGAGAAGCAACAGCGUGAUGCCAGAGAGAACAAGGAAAAGGCUCGGCAAUCGACCCAUCUACAGUCUAUCGUGGCUCAUGCUCAAGAUAUCAAGAACAAUGCAAUCAGUCAACGCUCACGCAUCCAGAAGCUUGGUCGCAUGAUGGUCACCCACCACCAACAUAUGGAGCGUGAGGAACAGAAGCGCAUUGAGCGAACUGCCAAGCAGCGUCUGCAGGCGUUGAAGGCUAACGAUGAGGAAACCUACCUGAAGCUGCUCGGCCAAGCCAAGGAUUCUCGCAUUUCCCACCUCCUCAAGCAGACAGACGGUUUCCUGAAGCAGCUCGCCGCCUCCGUCCGAGAGCAACAACGAAGUGCUGCAGAAAAAUGGGGCGAAGACAAGUACGCCGAGGACGAGGACGAAGACGAAGACGUGUCCGAUGAUGAUGAAGGCCAUGGAAAGGUCGACUACUACGCCGUGGCUCAUAGGAUCAAGGAAGAGGUCUCCAUUCAGCCCUCCAUAUUGGUUGGUGGUACUUUGAAAGAGUACCAACUGAAGGGUUUGCAGUGGAUGAUCUCGCUUUUCAACAACAACCUGAACGGCAUCUUGGCCGAUGAGAUGGGUCUGGGCAAGACUAUCCAGACGAUCAGUUUGAUCACCUAUCUGAUCGAGAAGAAGCGCCAAAGUGGUCCCUUUCUGGUCGUUGUACCCCUCAGCACGCUCACGAACUGGAAUCUGGAAUUUGAGAAAUGGGCUCCGUCAGUCAAACGUAUCGUCUACAAAGGGCCUCCGAACAGCCGAAAACAACAGCAGAUGCAAAUUCGAUCGGGCAACUUCCAGGUCUUACUCACUACUUACGAAUAUAUCAUCAAGGACCGGCCGAUUCUAAGCAAGAUUAAAUGGGUCCACAUGAUCGUCGAUGAAGGUCACAGAAUGAAGAACGCCCAAUCCAAGCUGAGCAGUACCAUCACCCAAUACUACACCACAAGAUACCGCCUGAUCUUGACGGGUACCCCGCUUCAGAACAAUCUUCCGGAGCUGUGGGCUCUUCUCAACUUCGUCCUUCCCACAAUCUUCAAGUCAGUCAAGUCGUUCGACGAAUGGUUCAACACUCCUUUUGCCAACACUGGUGGACAAGACAAAAUGGAGUUGACGGAAGAGGAGCAGCUUCUCGUUAUCCGUCGUCUGCACAAGGUGCUGCGCCCCUUCUUGCUCCGUCGUCUCAAGAAAGACGUGGAGAAAGAUCUUCCCGACAAGCAGGAACGUGUCAUCAAAUGCCGCUUCUCCGCUCUCCAGACCAAACUUUACAUGCAGUUGAUGACACACAACCGUCUGACGGUGGCUGACGGCAAGGGUGGUAAGACCAGCAUGCGCGGUCUCAGCAACAUGUUAAUGCAGCUGAGAAAGCUAUGCAAUCACCCUUACGUGUUCGAACCCGUGGAAGACCAGAUGAACCCAAGCAAAGGGACAAACGACUCUAUCUGGCGAACGGCGGGCAAAUUCGAGCUGCUUGACAGGAUCUUGCCCAAGUUCCAGGCUACCGGCCAUCGUGUGUUGAUGUUCUUCCAAAUGACCCAGAUCAUGAACAUCAUGGAAGAUUUCUUGCGGUUCCGUGGUAUUCAAUAUCUCCGUCUCGAUGGUGCUACCAAGGCUGAGGACCGAGCUGAAUUGCUGCGUCUCUACAAUGAGCCCAACUCGCCGUACUUUUGCUUCUUGCUGUCGACUCGUGCAGGUGGUCUCGGUUUGAAUUUGCAAACUGCAGAUACCGUCAUCAUCUACGACUCGGAUUGGAAUCCACAUCAGGACUUGCAGGCUCAGGAUCGUGCUCACCGCAUCGGGCAGAAAAAUGAAGUCCGCAUUCUGCGUCUGAUCAGCUCAAACUCUGUGGAAGAGAAAAUCUUGGAACGUGCUCAGUUCAAGCUCGACAUGGAUGGCAAGGUCAUCCAAGCAGGUAAAUUUGACAAUAAGUCGACGAACGAAGAGCGAGAGGCCUUCCUAAAGACCCUGCUUGAGGCAGCAGAAGCCGCUGACCAAGUUGGGGACCAAGAGGAGAUGGACGAUGACGAUUUGAACGAGCUCAUGGCUCGGUCAGAGGACGAGUUGACCCUCUUCAAGAAGAUGGACAAGGAGCGAGACGAGAACGACCCAUACGGGCCAGGUCGACCAUUAGCCCGGUUGAUGGAGGAAAGUGAGCUUCCCGACAUCUAUGUGGCCGAGGACAACCCGGUGCAAGAGGAGGUGGAGGAAUACGCCGGUCGCGGUGCACGGGUGAAGACGCAGGUCAAAUAUGACGACGGACUCACCGAAGAACAGUGGUUAGCGGCGGUCGAUGAUUCGGAUGACUCUAUUGGCGAGGCCGCGAAGCGCAAACAGGCACGGAUUGACAAGAGACGUACGAACAAAGCCAAGCGCGAACGCGUGGCAGCCGGGGUUGCGUCGUCGCCAGAACCAGAACGUGAAAGCUCGGAGGAGCCACAACCGAAGAAGAAAGGUCGUCCCAGCAAAGCAGCUGGCCAGAAGCGCAAAGGCGAAGAUAUCGAGGAAGAGACACCGCCGGCGAAACGAAAGCGCGGACGACAGCCUAACAAGCCUGCCGUCGAUGUACUCGGCAGUGCCGAGCGAUCGGCCCUCCAGAAGGCUCUUCGGACCAUCACUGAGUCGAUCAAAGCUCUCGAGGUGCCCGACUCGGAACCGGAGGAGCCAUCUGACGACGACAGUGACGACGAACCGCCAACUAGGCUCAUCAUCGGACCGUUCCUGGAACUUCCGUCGAAGAAACUGUACGCCGACUAUUACCAAUUCAUUGCGGAACCGAUCGCAAUGGACGUGAUUGAGAAGCGCAUCAGCAGUCACCAGUACACCAGCCUGAAAGAUUUGCAAAGCGAUAUUGCGCUCUUGGCCAAGAACGCGAAGACAUACAACGAGGAUGGCAGCAUGAUCUACAAUGAUGCGGUUGUUAUUGAGAACCACUGCAACCAAAUGAUUGCCAAGCAGAUCGCAGAGAAUCCUAUCUUAGGGGAGCGAGUGCCUCAAGAUGGAGACUCCACCGCAGCAGCAUCCAGUGCUGGGACGCCUCGAGGAUCGGUGGCUCCCGUCGGUGGGACGAAGCUGAGACUGACGCUGGGUGGCAGUAAUGGAGUUGCUACCAAUGGCACGACAAGCGGGGCGGGCAGUGGUGCGGAAUAA